AAUGCAAUGUGCAAACUGUUGAGGGAGGCGAGAGCGUGCUUGCGUGCGCGAGAUGCGCUAUAAAUGGCACAAGCAGGAACUUUAGGUGUGAAACACCACCGAUUUCACAGCUCAUCUGUGGGGCCGACUGUCACAUAUACAGUAACAUUUUGGUUGCUUGAUUUUUUGCAUUAUUGAUAUAGCCUAUCAUACCGGGAUACCCUUGCCGCACAUUGCUAUUGUGGUGUUUUCACCCUUUAGUGGUAACAGGAUACCACUUCUUAUUUUUUGCAGUUGUUUGAAAAGAAUUUCGAUGAGGACAUGAUGCGCAUAAAAGACAUUGCUCUCGUUCUGAUUUUCACCUGUCUCGUGCAACAGUUUCUUCAGGUGAACAGCCUGAGAGAUAGAGGGAGAGCACAGACCGAUGGAAAGGGGAGGAGAAGAGGUCAACGGAAUGACGGUGGUCCGAAAGCAUCCAGUGGCACAGGUGUGUUCAGAGGGAGAUUUUCACUGAAAGACGGGGCGCAGUGCACGUGGGUCGCAGCAGCUGAGGGCCAUGCGUCUGUACUGGGAGUCACCUGUAAAAACGGUGCACAGAGUUUCGACUGUGAGUAUGUAGCGAAGCCCACUGCAUGUCAGCAAUAUGCAUCCGAUGCCAAAGCCUACUGGAAACAGAUUGCCCGUGCGCUAAAAAAGCAGAAGAGAUUGUGUCGCGACUCUACGGCGCUGCUCAGGGCCGGCAUGUGCAGGAAGGCGCCGGAAGACGCGCAUUUCAGACUGAAGGUCACGCGCUCCUCCUCACCGACGCCCGGUACGCCGCCCGCGGGAAAACAUCUUUGCUCCGAUCGGACUGAUAGGCUGAAACUGUCCGAGGAAUACUGCACCAGCUCCUGGUCUUCACUGUGUACAUUUCUCUUCUUGAUGCUUGAGAAUGACGAAUGCUCGUGAGGGGACGUUGUGCUUGUUUGACUUAAUUUGGUUCUCAAAAAAAGAACCGAACGAGAAUCAUAAGCUAACGUUUGGGAAACGUUCUGUGUUUGUUUGGAUUUUGCUAAAUUGGGGAGAUUAAAGUUUUUGGAUUCUUGAAAUCAGUUCUGCUAUAAAAUGUUUAGAUAGAUAGAUAGAUGGAUAGAUAGACAGACAGACAGAUAGAUAGAUAGA